GCUGUAGCUUCAGUGCCACCAGCGGUUUUCGUUCUGGGCAGCACUCACCAGAUUUCUGCAGACAUGGCCGCGGUGCUUAGCGCUCAUCCGCAAGUCACGGCGACGCUGGUUCUGCUCCUGUCCGUGCUCGGUUUGGCUGCUGGUGGGAAGCUGCUGGUGGUGCCGGUGGACGGGAGUCAUUGGCUCAGCAUGCGGGAAGUGUUGGACGGUCUCAAGCAGAAGGGGCAUGAAGUAGUCGUCGUUGCACCUGAAAUCAGUUUGUACAUAAAGCCAACAAAGAAUUUUGUUAUGAAAAUGUACCCGGUCCCUUUCACACAGGAAGAGAUGGAUGGAAAUUUCCAGGCAUUUUUACGAGAUGUACUUGAAGAAGGAUCUUUUCUGGAAAGAUUUCUUAAAGUAUACAAGGGUAUGAAAACUCUCUCUGAUUUGGCAAUCCUCAGCUGUACACAAUUGCUGUACAACAAAGAGCUUGUCAGAUAUCUUGAGGAGAGCAAGUUUGAUGCUGUCUUUACAGACCCUGUACUACCCUGUGGACAGAUACUGGCUGAGCAUCUUUCACUCCCUUCCGUGUUUUUUUUACGAGGAAUACCAUGUGGUUUAGAAUUUGAAGCCACCCAGUGUCCCAAUCCCCCUUCUUAUGUCCCCAGGGUAUUCACAGAGCAUACAGACCGCAUGAACUUUUUCCAGCGGGCAAAGAACCUGAUCUUUGAUGUCCAAAAUUAUUUUCUCUGUGAUUUUUUCUUUCAACCAUAUGCAAAACUGGCUUCUGAGUUCCUCCAGCGGGACGUGACUGUGCUGGAUCUCUUACGCCAGGGUUCCGUUUGGCUCGUGAGGUUAGAUUUUGUGUUAGAUUAUCCAAGACCUUUGAUGCCCAACAUCAUUGCAAUUGGAGGAGUAAACUGUGCUCACAAGAAGCUACCUCAGGUAGGUCAUGCUCUGUUUUUAAUUCUUGCUCUGAUAAAAUUCUGUGUUAACAAGGGUGGAAUUUUGUGUUGCAGAUAGGAAUCAAGUUCCCAUUUAGGGUGAGUUAGGCAAAUACUUGUGAAAGAAAUAAUUUUUCUCCCACUUUCUUCAUCACUUUCCAUUUUCUGUGUAGGCAGCUAUACAUUCUCACUGGUGAAGUAUGCUCAGUUGAUGCCUUUUUCAUUGCACAGAUUCAAAGCCAUUUUGUGUAAAGUUGAGUAACUUGGUGCUCUCUUUCUCCCUUAGUGAGCGAUGGAAGAGCAGCAGACAAGUCUGAGGGGUUGUCAAAGCCUUGCAGUUAGGUAUAAUCCAUACAGCUUUGCAAACUGUUGUAGUAGGGUCUGGUAUUUACAGAGAAACACGUGUCAGGCUUCUGUCCUGGGACACCCUUGCUGCUUUACCACUUCUUUCUUUGUCAAUUAAUUUGUCUGCUCCAUCACACGGGUAUUUCCAAAGCUGGAAUCAGCGGGAAUGUCUCAGGUUGUAGACUCUCAGGCUAAGAAGCACUAUCUCUGUUUACAGGCAGGCCUCAGAGAAUUUUUGCCUUGGUGAUGGCCAUGUGAGAUCUGAGAACAAAAUCAAUCUCGAUGAGCCUGAAGGAGGUGUGGUGGCCUGGCAGAUCCUGCUCAAAGUCA